AUGAUUCAUUUUUAAUUACAAAACAAUACAAUCACUGAAUCAGUAUUUUCACCUCGAUUUUCUACGGUGAGUAUCAGUGACUGUGAAAUUAAAAUAAUUUCAUAAUCAUCUUGAAGAACUAGUAAUAAAACUAGUAGUAUUUUUAAACGUUUUUGAAAUUCAUCAAUCAUCACACUGGCUCAAUUUACGAUGACCGAUCGUUUUGGUUUGAAAUGGGAUCCAAAAAACCUAGAAAUAAGAACAAUGUCCGUGGAAAAAACCCUGGAACCCCUGGUUCUACAAGUAACGACUCUGGUAAAUACAAAGGGCCCCAGUAAGAAGAAGAAGGGCAAAUCCAAACGUGCCAAUGCUCUGGUGAGUACAGUGGAAAAAGCCACCGAAAAUUUUAUUGAAAAGGGGGAACAGAUUGCCUAUGAGAACCCUGAUAUAACAGAUGAAAUGUUAGCAGCAGUUGAUGAGGUAAGAAAGACUGGUACUGCAAUGAGUAUAGCAGCUAGGGAGUUUUCUGAAGACCCUUGCUCUUCCCUUAAAAGAGGCAAUAUGGUACGUGCUGCAAGAAACUUGCUCUCAGCUGUUACAAGAUUACUGAUUCUUGCUGACAUGGUUGAUGUCCAUUUGUUGCUCAAAUCUUUACAUGUAGUAGAGGAUGAUCUAGAAAAACUGAAAAAUGCUUCAAGCCACAGUGAACUUCUGGACAAUAUUAAAUCAUUUGGACUUAAUGCCAAUGAACUCAUGAAUCAGGCUGCUAAAAGACAACAAGAACUCAAAGAUCCCCAGCUUCGUGAUGACCUUGCAGCUGCUAGGGCUGUGCUGAAGAAGCACUCCACAAUGCUGUUGACUGCAUCUAAAGUAUAUGUACGCCAUCCAGAAUUAGCUGCAGCUAAAGCCAAUAGAGACUAUGUUUUGAAGCAAGUGUGUGAAGCUGUCAAUACUAUAAAUGAUGUAGCUCAAGGACGUACUCCACAGCCUGCAUUUGGGCCAUAUGAUGGACCAGGAGAACUAGCAGCAGCUUUAGAUGACUUUGAUGAUCAUAUGAUUAUGGAACCAUUGGCAUACAAUGAAGUUCAUACAAGACCAUCUCUUGAAGAACGUUUAGAGAGUAUCAUCAGUGGAGCUGCUCUUAUGGCUGAUUCUAGUUGUACUAGAGAUGAGAGGAGAGAAAGGAUUGUGGCAGAAUGUAAUGCUGUUAGACAGGCUCUGCAAGAUUUGCUGUCAGAGUACAUGACUAAUAUGGGCAAAAAAGAUAAAAGUGAUACCCUCAACAGAGCCAUUGAUAAUAUGGGUAGAAAAACAAGAGAUUUGAGAAGACAACUAAGGAAAGCUGUAGUUGAUCAUGUUUCUGACAGUUUCUUGGAAACCAACGUUCCGCUCCUCGUCCUGAUAAAAGCAGCUCAGAACGGCAACGAGAAGGAAGUGGAAGAAUACGCGGUGCUCUUCACCGAACAUUCCAACAAGCUGGUCGAAGUGGCCAACUUGGUGUGCAGCAUGUCCAACAACGAAGACGGCGUCAAGAUGGUGCGUUACGCGGCUGCGCAAAUCGACAAUUUGUGCCCGGAAGUGAUCAACGCGGCGCGCAUCCUGGCGGCCAGACCGCGCAGCAAGGUGGCCCAGGAGAACAUGGACGCGUUUAGGCAGUCAUGGGAGCACCAAGUCAGGAUUCUAACGGAGGCCGUGGACGAUAUCACCACCAUCGAUGAUUUCUUGGCAGUUUCAGAGAAUCAUAUUUUGGAGGACGUCAAUAGAUGUGUUUUGGCAUUGCAAGAAGGCGAUGCGGACAUCUUGGACCGAACGGCGAGUGGCAUCCGCGGACGUUCCACCCGCGUGUGCGACGUCGUCUCCGCCGAGAUGGACAAUUACGAGCCGUGCGUUUACACCAAGCGCGUCCUCGAAGCAGUCAAGGUGCUCAACGACCAGGUGAUGCCGAAGUUCACGCAGCGCGUCCAGGUGGCGGUUGGUGCGCUGGGCAGAUCGCCGCCAAAGGAGGUGGACGAGAACGACUUCAUCGACGCCUCCCGAUUGGUCUACGACGGCGUCAGGGAGAUCAGGCGAGCGGUGCUAAUGAAUAGGGCUGAUGAAGAUUUAGACCCAGAAGAUGUGGAACUUGACGACAAUACUCUGGAAACCAGAAGUAAAUCAAGUGCCCACACAGGCGAACAUGGGGUUGAUGAAUAUCCAGACAUAAGUGGAAUUACCACAGCAAGGGGCUCCAAUACCAACCAGGCAAAUCAAAAACGAACGAGGAAAAAAUGUUACAACAUAAAUAUGGACUUGUCAACAAUUCUCGAAUGGAGAUCCAAUAACUUGGUAGAUUUCAAUGCAAACAAAACACAAGCAUGCCUUUUCUCUAGAAAAGCCGAUCUAACUGUGCCCAACAUAACAUACAACCUUUCUUGGGAAAAUCGCGAGCUAUUUCACUUCCAGUCAGCUGCUUAUAAUCUAAAAGGCACAGAUCCGACCUGUCCUGGAAUACUGUUUUCAUAUUUGGAGUGCACCACCCAAACAUACCCUAAAACUGUUGGAUUCUGUCCAAAAAAGGGCAAUUCAUCUCACUUCCAAAUACAUCCAAAGACAUCCAAAGACAUCCAAAGAUUUCCAAAGACUUUCAAAGUCUUCCAAAGACUUCCAAAGGCUUCCAAAGACUACCAAAGACAUCCAAAGACUUCCAAAGACUCCCAAAGACUUUCAAAGUCUUCCAAAGACUUCCAAAGGCUUCCAAAGACUACCAAAGACUUCCAAAGAAUUCCAAAGACUUCCAACGGAGUGUACACCAGACUUCCAAGGAGAUUUACCCCUCGAUCGCAUCCCAUCAGCAAUAACCAAACAGCGCAUUUUGUCUUCAUAUUUAAUGCGUUCGAGACAUACAACUUCCACAAUUCAAUGUUCAGGGGUCGCGGGCCAUUGAAAACCACCAUGGACGUCAUCAACGCUGCCAAAAAGAUCUCCGAAGCCGGCACCAAACUGGACAAGCUGACCAGGCAGAUCGCUGAACAGUGCCCGGAGAGCUCCACUAAGAAGGACCUGUUGGCCUAUCUGCAGCGCAUCGCCCUCUACUGCCACCAGAUGAACAUAACCUCCAAAGUGAAGGCCGACGUGCAGAACAUCAGCGGGGAACUGAUCGUGUCUGGGCUUGACAGUGCUACAUCUCUAAUUCAGGCAGCUAAAAACUUGAUGAAUGCCGUUGUAUUAACUGUGAAGGCCUCCUACGUCGCUUCAACCAAGUAUCCAAGACAAGCUACUGUCGCUUCCCCUAUCGUCGUGUGGAAGAUGAAGGCCCCCGAGAAGAAGCCGCUGGUGAGGCCCGAGAAGCCCGAAGAGGUGCGUGCCAAAGUCCGUAAGGGAUCGCAGAAGAAGGUUCAGAACCCCAUUCACGCGCUCUCCGAAUUCCAAAGUCCCACCGAGUCCGUUUAGGGCAUCGGUAGGUGUCAUUCAUUUAGGUGUAAUCCUCGAUUAUUUACACAAAACAAGAUGAUUCACCGUUAAAAAGAUACCCAUGGUGAGCAUGGUAAGUGGGACACACUGUAUUGUUCUCUACAAUUAGUCUACAAUAUUCUCAAAUUAUAUUGCAGAAUCUAAUUGGUUUACUGAGUAUAUUAUACAAUUUGAUUGGGCGAUCUAUUCUAGCCAGUUAAGUUCUCAAGAUGACUUUUCCAAAUUGAUUUGAAUCGAUACGGACGUAUAAUGAUUCUUGAUGAUAAAGCAAUAGAGUGAGAAUUUCAUACUAGGGCUUCUAUAAAAAUCGAUUGAAAUACAUUAUCUAUUCGAAAAUACCUAUAGAACAUGACUAAAAUAUUAUUUUCGACACCCAUGCAUGGACUCGGUAUUUUGUAACACCAUGUAUAUGUCUGUCUUAAUUUUGGGUAUUUUGAUGCGAAGACUUAAAUUUUUUCAUUGGUAUUCCUAUAAUGCAUUUACAUUUAUAUAUGAAUAAGUUUGUAUUGGUUUAUCUAUUUUAAUAUAUUUUAUUUAUUCCUUAAAUAAAUUAUGUAUUUAUUUCU